CGCAGUUCCCGCGGCCGCCCGGCCCGCGCCGCUCUCCUCCCGGCUCCUCGGCGCUCCUCCGCCCCGCGGCUAGGUAGGGCACCGACUGGGGCGGCGCGCAGCUCGCAGACUUCUUCCCUGCGGAGGCGGCCCUCUCUUCUGCCUUCCGGCCAGGCGGGGCUGGGCCGGGGGCUCCGCGUCGCGGCGCCCUCGCAGCGCUUGGCUGCCUCCCCGGCUGCGGCGUGCAACAAGGGCUCCCGCCGUGUGCCGGCCGGGGGCGCGGCCUGACCCUGGGCGGGUCCGGGCUGGCAUCAGGGCCGUGCUGUCCCUCUCCGCGGUACUUGCUGUGUAUCCUGCCCCGCGCAGCCACCUGCGCUCCUGUCCUGCGGGCCGCCCCCUUUGGACGCACGGCAUGGCCCUGUCUCCCAAACCCGCCGAGAUGCCACGCCAGUUCCCCAAGCUGAACAUCUCUGAAGUGGAUGAGCAAGUCCGGCUCCUGGCCGAGAAGGUGUUUGCUAAAGUGCUCCGAGAAGAAGAUAGCAAAGAUGCCCUGUCCCUCUUCACCGUGCCCGAGGACUGCCCCAUUGGGCAGAAGGAAGCCAAGGAGAGGGAGCUGCAGAAGGAGCUGGCAGAGCAGAAGUCUGCAGAAACUGCAAAAAGAAAGAAAAGUUUCAAGAUGAUUCGGUCCCGGUCCCUGUCUCUGCAAAUGCCAGCGCAGCAAGAUUGGAAGGGCUUCCCGACAGCCAGUCCAGCCGUGUCUCCCACCACUCCCGUGAUCGCUGCAAUCACUUCCCAGACUACGCCAGCGCAAGACUACGGCAUGCCCGAGUUCCAGCGGGUCACCAUCAGCGGAGAUUACUGUGCAGGGAUCACUGUGGAGGACUAUGAGCAGGCUGCCAAGAGCCUGGCCAAGGCCCUGAUGAUCCGGGAGAAGUAUGCACGGCUUGCCUACCACCGCUUCCCACGGACCACAGCCCAGUACCUGGGUCAUCAGCAGACCGAUACCACAUCCCUGGAAGACGGCCUGCCAGACUUUCACCCUCCCCCACUGCCCCAGGAAGACCCAUACUGCCUGGAUGACGCACCCCCCAACCUGGGCUACUUGGUCUGCAUGCAGGCGGGCAUCCUGUUUGUGUACGACAACGAGAAGAUGCUGGAGCGUCAGGAGCCCCACAGCCUGCCCUACCCUGACCUGGAGACCUACACGGUGGACAUGAGCCACAUCCUGGCUCUCAUCACCGAUGGCCCCACGAAAACAUAUUGCCACCGGAGACUGAACUUUUUGGAAUCCAAGUUCAGUCUUCACGAGAUGUUAAAUGAAAUGUCUGAAUUCAAAGAGUUGAAGAGUAACCCCCACCGAGACUUCUAUAACGUGAGAAAGGUGGACACGCACAUCCACGCGGCCGCCUGCAUGAACCAGAAGCACUUACUGCGCUUCAUCAAGCACACGUACCAGACAGAGCCUGACAGGACUGUGGCCGAGAAGCGGGGCCGGAAGAUCACGCUGCGGCAGGUGUUCGACAGCCUGCGCAUGGACCCCUACGACCUCACCGUGGACUCGCUGGACGUCCACGCGGGCCGGCAGACAUUCCAUCGCUUCGACAAGUUCAACUCCAAGUAUAACCCUGUGGGUGCCAGUGAGCUGCGUGACCUGUAUUUAAAAACAGAAAACUACUUGGGAGGAGAGUACUUUGCUCGGAUGGUCAAGGAGGUGGCCCGGGAGCUGGAGGAGAGCAAGUACCAGUACUCAGAGCCACGGCUCUCCAUCUACGGCCGCAGUCCCGAGGAAUGGCCCAACCUGGCCCGUUGGUUCAUCCAGCACAAGGUCUACUCACCCAACAUGCGCUGGAUCAUCCAGGUGCCCAGGAUCUAUGACAUAUUUAGGUCAAAGAAGCUGCUGCCAAGCUUUGGGAAGAUGCUGGAGAACAUCUUCCUGCCCCUUUUCGAGGCCACAAUCAACCCCCAAGAUCACCGAGAGCUUCACCUCUUCCUCAAAUAUGUGACAGGGUUCGACAGCGUGGAUGAUGAGUCUAAGCACAGCGACCACAUGUUCUCGGACAAGAGCCCAAGCCCAGACAUCUGGACCAGUCAGCAGAACCCACCCUACAGCUACUACCUGUACUACAUGUAUGCCAACAUCAUGGUGCUCAACAACCUCCGCAGGGAACGAGGCCUGAGUACUUUCCUGUUCCGCCCUCACUGUGGGGAGGCUGGCUCCAUCACCCACCUGGUGUCUGCUUUCCUGACUGCUGACAACAUUUCCCAUGGGCUGCUCCUCAAGAAGAGUCCGGUAUUGCAGUACCUCUACUAUCUUGCUCAGAUCCCCAUUGCCAUGUCUCCUCUUAGCAACAACAGUCUGUUCCUCGAAUAUUCCAAAAACCCCCUGAGGGAAUUCCUGCACAAGGGACUGCACGUUUCUCUCUCCACUGAUGACCCAAUGCAGUUCCACUACACGAAGGAAGCACUUAUGGAAGAAUAUGCAAUUGCAGCUCAAGUAUGGAAGCUGAGCACGUGUGACCUGUGUGAAAUCGCCAGGAACAGCGUACUGCAGAGUGGCCUCUCGCAUCAGCCAACAGAGACCAGAUUUAUCCUCCAAUCUAAAACAACUAAAACAUCACACAAAAUAUAUGAAAUAACAGUUUGCAAAACUGGGCACCAGGCAACAAAGGACAGUGAUCCCUGAGAGAUGGGAAGCAAACAAGGUAAGUCCUGUAACUGCCCUAGCUAACUGCCUGAGAGAGUUUCUAGGCUGCAGCUCAAGAAGGGAAACCUAGGUGGAACCUGGCAGAACCUCUGAGUUGAAGAGAGAGAGCUGAGAAUCUAAGAAGGCCAAAGCAACUAAAGUUCAAAGGGCAAAGUACUGGAGAGGAGAGAGCUGUACACCGAGAAAACUCUGGAGGUCUGCAGAGGGUCCCCUUUGAAUAUAUUCAGCAGAGUACUGAUCAGUGCGUGCAUGUGAGGAAACUAUCUGAGGGUAAGGAAAGAAUCACCCAAAAAAGAAUAGAAGGAACAGUACUCAGACUAGAAAACCUGUACUCUGAGUACUCUGAUGGGCCUUGCUUCAUUAGUAGGGAAACUAAUCACAUAAAAGCAAGACCCAUAAGAAUCAAAUUAUUUCCAAGUAACUAAUCAUAUUAAAGGAACACCCAAAAGAAUCAAAUUAUUUCCAAGUAACUCUAUUCCAGAGCAAAGCCAUGAAUAUUUAUUUGAAUACAAAAAUAUUCAACACACAAAAAGAUAAAAUUCACAAUAUUUGGCUUCAAAUCAAAAAUUACCAGGCACACAGAAAAAUACAACCCAAAAUGAAGAGAAAAGUCAAUCAAAACCAACCCAGAACAGACGAAGAUGUUAGAAUUAACAGAAAAGAAAAUUAAAAGUUACUUUAAUUGUAUUGUUCAAAAAACUAGAGGAAAGAUCAAGCAUAUUAAAUAGAGACAUGGAAGAUAUAAAAAAUCUCAAACCAAACUUCUAUAGAUGAAAAUUACAAUAUCUGAGAGAUGAAACAUACAAUGGAUGAGAUUAGUAGCAAAUUAGACAUUGCAGAAGAAAAGAUUAGUGAAUUUUAAAACACACAGUAGAAUUAACUAUACACAAUUGAACAGAGAAAAUGUCAGGAGGAGGAGAGUAAGGAGGAAAAUAGCAUCAGUGAGCUGUGGGAAAACUUCCAAGUGGCCUAAAAUAUGUGUAAUUGGAGUAGAGGAGAGGAGAAAGGGACAGAAAAAGUUGAGAAAAUCAUGGCUGAACAUUUUCCAUAUUUGAUGAUACUAUAAACCUACAAAUCCAAGAAUCUCAAUGAGCCCCAAGCACAAGAAACAUGAAGAAAACUGCUCUAAGGCACACCAUAAUCAAAUUGCUCAAAACCAAUGAUAAUGAAAAAAGUCUUAAAAGCAGCCAGAGAAAAAAGGCACAUUACCUACAGAGGAAAAAAGAUAAUGAGGACAACAGAGUUCUCAUAGCAAACAAUGCCAAUAAGAUGAGAGUGGAGCAACAUCAUGAAAGAAAAAAUACUGUAAAUCUAAGAUUUUAUAUCCAGCAAAAAUAUCUUUUAAAAAAUGAUGUUCAGACAUUUGAGAAAAUCCUGUGGAAUCUCCAAACAAACUACCAGAACUAAUAAAUGAGGUUAGCAAGGUUGCAGGGUAUAAGAAUGAUACACAAAAAUCUAUUGUAUUUCUAUAUAAUAGCAACAAACAAUCACGAAUUGGGAAAAAAAAUACCAUUUAGAAUAGUAACAACAAAACAUAAGAAAUGCUUAGGGGUAAAUCUGAAAAAAGAUAUGCAACACUGAAAAAAACAAAACUUUGCUAAGAGAGAAAAUAAGAAGACCUCACUAAAUAAAAAAAUUAAAUUUGUUCAUAGAUGCAAGACUCAAUAUUGGUAAGAAAUAAACUCUCCCCAAAUUGGUCUAUUUGUUCAAUGCAAUGCCAAUCAAAAUCCUUACAGGCUCUUUUGUAGAAAUUGAUAGGCUGGCUCUAAAAUUCAUAUUGAAAUACAAAAUACCUAAAACAGGCAAAAACAGCUUUGAAAAAGACGAACGAAGUUGGAAGACUAACACUACAUGAUUUUAGGACUUAUUUUAAAGCUACAUUAAUCAAGGUAGUGUGGUAUUGAUGUGAAGAUAGAUAAAUAGAGCAAUGGAUCAGAAUAGAGUCCAGAAAUAGACCCACAUAUAUUUGAGCAACUGGUUUUCAACAAAGGUAAAGAAGAAAUUUAGUGAAGAAAAGAUAGUCUUUUCAACAAAAUGCGCUGGAGCAUAAACAACAAAAAAAGUUAUUAUUUUUUUUAAUCUAGAUCUCACAUCAUAUACAAAAAUUAACUCAAAAUGGAUCAUAGACUUAAAUACAAAACCUAAAACUAUAAAACAUUUGGAAGAAAAGAUAGAAAAAAAUCUUUGUGACCCUGGGUGAAGCAAAGAUUUCUUAGCUUUGAUUGGAUCACUAUCCAUAAGUCACAGAUUGAUAAAUUGGACUCAUCAAGUUUAAAAACUUCUGCCCUUUGAAAGACAUUCUUAAGAAAAUGAAAAGAUAUGUCACAGUGGGUGAUAACAUUUGCAAAUGACAUAUCUGAUAAAGGACAUGUAUCCAAAAUAUGUAAAGAACCUCAAACUCAAAAAUACAAAAACAACCCAAUAAAGAAAUGGGCAAAAGACUUGAAUGGACACUUCACCAAAGAAGACAUACA